AUGACCGACAGUCCAGCGCCACCAGUCCAGGUGAAAGUCAAUGAGCCCGUUUCGCCUUACCAGGUGAUGGCCCUCAGAGUAAGUUGUUUUCGCUUCUUGUUAUUCUGGGUUUAGGUACCAACGAAGAAGGAGUAAAAGAAAUAUUGAGUGUACAGGGGUGGGGAAGGAGUGAAGGCUUUCUUGGAUAUUAUUUUCUUGGUUUGAUGUCUGAAAUUCACUUAAAUUUAAGAUGUCUUUGAUAAAAGAUGUUACACCAGUUGUCAGAUGUCGCCCGAACAAUUUUUCAAGAAGAGUUGCUAGUUUAUCGUUUUAAAACUUUUUGGCAACCUAACAUUUCGUUUAUUAUUCUUUUUUAGGGUGCCAUCGUUGGCUGUGGAGUACUUGGUGCAUAUUUGUUUAUCCGCCGAUCAAAGCUUUUCACCUCACUCCGGAAUGUCAACGAAAUUCCCGAAGCGUUCAUUCGCAAAGAAAUGCAGCUAAAGGGAUUUAUUCGACAAGUCGAUAGCAAUGGUGUUUUUAAGGUCGAGCAUCAACCGGUGAUAGGACUUCCAAGAUUUCUGCGUCCAAAGAAACAAAAUGUAAGGUUUUAGUUUUUUUGUUUUAAUGUUUUAGGUGGGACAUGAUGUAUGUAAUUGGGAAAUAAUUUCAGCAAGACCUUUUACGCCUGCGUUUGGCCGCUUUGGAUGUCUCGCCUGCUGGAGUAACAUAUUUGAAUAAGGAUUUGAAGCUGAAGGAUAGAAAAGUUUUCUUCCAACCGAUUAAGCCAUCUGCCGGCGAUCCCAACUCUUUCGAUUGUGAUGUGACUGUCAAAAAGGUGGGUAUUUCCAAACGUUUAUGCUCGAUUUUAUGUUAUAGUAGGUAAUUAUUGUGGAUGUUUCAGAAUAUCCUCGGUCUUACAAACCUAAACGUCGACUUGGUCCGGAAGGGAUAUGCAAGAGUCUAUACUCUAGACCAUAAGACACAUUAUGAUGCUCUUCAGUCCAACUCGGCAUAUUCGAGACUAGUUACGAAGCUGCUGACAUCCGAGAAAGUAGCCGAAAGCCGAGGCGUUGGAGUGUGGAAUCAAGCUGGAUGGGUGGAGAAGGUGGAGUCUUUGCCUUCAGCUGCCGGUCAGAUUGUCCGUUCAGCCGCUGUUUUCAAAUUCUUUGUAAGUUUUUCUUUAAUUAUGGUAGGGGUAUUGCUCUAUGAAAAUAUUGAGAAAUUAGGAUGAAGGAUAAUUGAAAAUUGCUCCAGAAUCUUCUGUGGCGAAUUACGGUAGACCUCUUCUACUUCACAGUACAUCUACUUCGUCAUCUCUAUCACCUGACGGCAGCUACGGCCAGCUUGACCGCCGAUGCGUAUCGUCGUUUUGGCCGACGAGUCGACGAAUGGAUCAAGCUCUACGAUCGGCUGAAACAUCGUCUACUUGGCGCCAAAGCCAUCAAAAAGGAGUAG